AUGGACUUAGCAAUCCUGGCAAGCUUGGAGGAAAGUUGUACGUGUCUUAUUUGCUUAGAUCUCUUCAAAGACCCAGUGACCAUUAGUUGUGGGGAUAACUUUUGUCGCUCAUGCCUCAUUUCUUUCUGGAAAGAUCAAAGGGGCAUCUACCUCUGCCCUAUCUGUCCCAGUUAUUUCACACAGAAGCGCUUCAGCAGGAACUUCCAGAUCUGUAACCUUGUUGAUAUCUUUAAGCAAAUGCAGCAGAGGAAUCGGAUCAGAGUGAGGUGGCUUAGAAUGUCUGAUAUAUGUCGGAAGCACAAUAAGGCUCGGAUCCUUUUCUGUAUGGAUGAUCUAAACAUGUUCUGUAUCCAGUGCCAAUUGUCUGGUAAACACAAGAUGCACUUCAUCUGCCCUGUUUGGAAAGCCGCCCCUCAUCAUAGGAGACUUCUAGAAGGCAACAGGGAGCUUUUGGAGGGCAGGCUGAAAAAAGCUGAACAAGUACUGAAAAUGCAGCACACAAGAGUUCUUGAACUGAGGAAGAGGUUUGACUGUAAAAAACAUGAGAUACGUUUUGAAUUUGAGCGAGUCAAACUGUUCCUGCAGAAUGAGUAUGAGGCACUGCUAAAUGAGAAGCACAUUGAUGAGCUGGUGGGUUUAUCAAAGCUGCAGGAAUAUCUUGGGACACUAUCAGACCAUAAGCACACAUUAGAACAUAUGUUGGAAGAAGCAGAGGCCAAGCUUGCAGAGUCAGAUGUCACACUUCUUACAAGCAUUCUGAAAGUCGACCACAGAUUUGAAAACCUGAGAUGCCCCAAACACUGGUCAUUUAGUACAAAGGAAUAUGUUCUUGGUCUCCCGCCACAGUAUUCUGGCUUGGACAGAAUCACCAAGCGAUUUCAAAUAGAUGUGACUUUUGAUCUUGACACAGCACACCCUCAGCUUGUUGUUUCUGAGGACAGAAAAUCUGUGCUUUAUAAAGAAUCAAGGAAAAGUGUUUGUGCUAGCCCUCAGAGAUUUCACAACUGGCCUGCUCUCCUAGGAUGUAAAGGAUUUCAUUCGGGUCGUUGUUACUGGGAGGUGAAAGUGGGAAACAAGCCCAUGUGGACAUUGGGUGUGUGUCAAGAUUGCCUUCCUGGGAACUGGAGUGGGCAACCCUCAGUUGCUGAGGGCUUAUGGGCAGUUGGGAGACACAGUGAGAAUGGCUAUGUCACCUAUGGGCCUGAAAGAAUGGAGAUUCUGCCAGUGGUGCAGCCCAGCAGGAUUGGCAUUUUUUUGGAUUAUGAAUUGGGUGAGCUCUCCUUCUACAAUAUGAAUGACAGGUCUCUCCUCUACACUUUCAGGAAUUCCUUUACCAGCACAAUUUGGCCUUAUUUCUGCACAGGAACAGAUUCUGAACCUCUUAAAAUCUUAACCCACACCACGUCUGCAUAA